AUGGGAUUGCACAAAAACUACUUCAAAGUUGGACAGAAUGCUAGCAAUCAGCUGUUCGGUUUGCCACCCGGUCAGAAUGGACCGACGCCGCUAUCGAUGCUCAUUUCGCAAGGAGCAAAGUUUAACAGCAAUCGCAUUGCGGUAAUUAUAUUUGGAAUUGUCACCCUUAUUGCCGGUGUUAUACUAUCGUCCGUACCUUGGCUAAACAUUUUCAUCAUGAAGAAUCUGAGACUAUGGAACGGAACGAUAAGCUUCCACUAUUGGCAGCGUCCGGGUGUGACUAGGCUAACUAAGGUGUACAUAUUUAAUGUUACUAACCCGGAGGGGUUCCUCUCCGGUGAAAAGCCAAAACUAGUUGAAGUAGGACCAUUCGUUUAUAGGGAGGAUAUGGAGAAAGUGAACAUCAAGUUUCACGACAACUACACCGUGACGUACCAGCACAAGAAGAUUCUGCAGUUCGUUCCUGAGCUUAGUGUAGAUAAGAACCUUCGCAUUACGACACCAAAUAUUCCACUGCUGACCAUCUCCACCCAAAGCAAGUACAUCAACUUUCUGGUCGCCAGGACCAUAUCGGUAUUACUAACAGCAACCAAAUACAAACCGUUCAUUUCACUGACGGCCGACGAGCUGGUAUUUGGUUACGACGAUACGCUCGUCAGUUUGGCCCAUACCUUCUAUCCUCGAAAACGACGACCCAUGGAUAAGAUGGGCCUACUAAAUGGGAGAAACGGAACACUUACGGAGUACGCAACGAUGCACACGGGACAUACGGGUAUGGAGAAGUUUGGAUACUUCGACAAGCUGAACGGGCUGGACCAUCUUCCGCACUGGGAAAAUGAACCGUGCCGCAGCAUAGAGGCGUCAGAGGGUAGCUUCUUUCCACCGCGUGACAUCACGCAGAAGGAUGUGGUGUACAUCUACGACAAGGAUCUCUGCCGUACGCUACCCCUAGUUUAUCGGAAACCGGUCGAAAAGGAUGGUAUAUCGGCCGAUCUGUACACACUUUCCGAGGAUGCCUAUGGACCACCGAACAAGAACAACAGCUGCUACGAUCAUUCGCACUACCAGAAAUAUUACGGACUGCAGAACAUUAGUCCAUGCCAGUAUGGUGCCCCAGUUUACAUUUCCAACCCGCACUUCUUACGGUCCGAUCCACGGCUUCUAGACGCCGUUGAAGGUCUUCAGCCCAAUGCCGAGCAGCACGAUACGUACUUCAAAAUACAACCCAAACUGGGCGUCCCACUGGAGGGUCAGGUCCGGGUGCAGCUCAAUAUUCUAGUCGAGAAAGGUCCGCACGUAAUGGCAACCAAAGACUUCCGAGAUUUCGUAUUUCCCAUCAUGUGGCUCGAAGAGGGUGUCAGUGAGCUAACGCCUCCUAUCCGCCGGUGGAUCUAUCUGGCGACGGUAUUCGCGCCAACCGCCCUACCCAUCCUAUCGUACGGGAUGAUCCUUACCGGUGCCUUCGCAAUGAUCUACGUCUUUGUCCGGGCGUACAAGAACUUUGUCUUCACGGACGAUCCUACCACGGAGCUACUCGACAUGGGUCGGCGAUCGCUCCGAAGAGGUAGCCAUCUGAUCAGUAACGGUCAGCACCGGAUACUGCACCGAGACAGCUACAUCUUGCUAAAGGCCAACGGGGAAACCACCAUCGCCGCCCCAACCGAACAGGAGACCAGUACGGCACCGGAAAGUAAUAGCAGCAGCAGUAACAAUAAUAAUCACCUGCUUCAUAAUCACAACCUGCUGCAUAGUCAUCACCAUCAUCUGUACAUUCAACCGAAGGACCAAAGUCUGCUAUCUGAGGAGGACUCACCCGCCUAGUUUGACUCGCGUCAGGAUAAUCAAUCAUCCUCCGUGACACACACAUACACACACAUACGUUUUCCUACAUAAGAUUUAUGAGUUUAAUUUUCCUUGAAACGAUCGGUGGAAAAGAACUCCCUUUUCUGGAACCUCCACAUCUAUAUCCCCCUAUUUCGUAAACCCGAUCGUUUCAAACGGUGAUAGAGACUGCUGAUUAUUUAAAUUAGUUUCCUUCCAUGUGACCCAUCGACUAUUUUUCCGCUUGCCUGUGAGCAUGAAACCACCCUCUGGCCACUUUUUCUUCUAGCGUUAAGUUGUCCAAUUUAGAUGUAAUAUUUUUAAAAUGUCGUAACGGUCGUCGUGAAACAAUCUACCGUUUUGCGCACUGCCAUCGAACCAAUUUCAACGCGUAAUGCGCGUCCUCCGUCCACAUUACUCUUAAGAUUCGGACCAACUGGAAGGGCACUGUAGCUAAUUGGUAUGUACAUUCUUGUGUGCCUGUGUGUAUGUGAAGUUGAACAAAGUGAAGAAGUGAAACACAGUAUAAUGUAAUUGACUUCUUUUUCCUUUAGAAGUUUAAAAAAUUGUAAUCCAAAAAAGACUUGUUAACACAAAUUUUAAAACACAUACACACACAUACACAACGUAAUGCUCAAACCCAAACCCAAGGAAAUUUAGUAAUACGUUGCGUGGAAGAAGAUUGCUCAAUCGCUAGGUCGAAAAUGUUACACAUGCGAGUCAUGCUGGUAUCAAUGUUUGUGGUACUUUUCUAAUGGGACAAUGUUAAACAUUUAGGAACAAAUUGAUAAGAAUGCUAUUGCAAAAGCUCCUGGUAUGAUUUUGGCUAACAAAUUCCAAUCUCCUGCAUGGCGUGGGAAUAUUGCAAACUCUUUUAGGCUGUAAGUAGUAGUUAAGUGUAGUGAAAAUAAAAUUGCCUAAGGUAGCUAUGAAUUUGUAUUGAACGCAUGAACGUACCACUGAUUGUAAAUAGACGUGUAAUUGUUUUAUUCAUAUGUAAAUAAAGAGU